UGUUUGCACGGUUACACCGUUAUAAUACAAGCCUUAAUCCCCACUUUUGUCUCUCACAAUCGCUCUCAAUCUUUCACGAUUUUCUCCCAAACCGUUCAAACCCUUAUCGCGUGUCAAAUUGUUCUUCUGAUUUUCUCAUUGAUCGCAAUUAUCGCAUCUCAAAUCGAACUUGAAUCAGAGAAGACGUUGAAUUUUUUAAAAGUGAGAAAAGAGGGAUUCUGGAACGUCUCUAUCGUGGUUUGUCCGUACCCUAUCUCAAACGAAAAUGGUACUAUUGAUGCCAAGGAGCUGAAUGUUGCCAUGAGGGCCCUUGGAUUUGAGAUGACAGAAGAGCACAUUAAUCAAAUGAUAGCAGAUUUGGACAAGGAUGGAAGUGGAGCAAUUGAUUAUGAAGAAUUUGAGUACAUGAUGACAACCAAAAUAGGAGAGCGGGACAGUAAAGAGGGAAAGAUAUCUGCAUCAGACAUCAAGUGCAUUGCAAAAGAGCCAGGUCAAAAUUUCACUAACAGAGAGAUUCCGGAGUUGGUUGAUGAAGCAGACCAAGAUAAUUGUCCUGUAGUUAGUGCAGAGGAGUUUAUAAGGAUGUUGCUCGAUACCCCCUACUACGGCCACUAAUCGUACAGAAAUUAAUGCAGUGCAGUCAUAUUUUCAUAAAUUUAAAUUGGAGAUCCUAGUUAUGAUCAAACAAACUCGAAGUUCUCGUGUGUAAUUUUUAAUUUCUUUUAUCAAUCUAUGUAUUGUUCAUUUUCAUAAAUUUAAAUUGGAGAUCCUAGUUAUGAUCAAACAACCUCGAAGUUGUCGUGUUUAGUUGUAAUCUUUAAUUUCUUUUAUCAAUCUAUAUUUUUUUCUAGGAGUCA